AUGAAGUACUUCCACUCUCUUGCUGCUAUCCUCGCCAUCCUCCCCGUCAUCGCGCAGGCUUCGCCUCUGGGCAACUUCCAGAAUGGUGUGAACGCUGCUCAGGCUCAGAAGGGCGCUCAGAAGGGCGGCAAUGCAGCCAACAACGCGGGUAAGGGCGGCAACAACGCAGGCAAGGGCAACGCUGCCUCCACCUCGUCCGCUGCUGCCGCUCCCUCGUCGUCCGCUGCCGCCGGCAACAGCAACGACCCCCAAUCGUCUCUGACGCUCCUCGACUCGGUCAUCGCGAAGGGCUUCGAGCAGAACGGCCAGGCCAAUGCCACGGCGGGCCAAGUUGCCUCCCUCACGUCGUCGAACAACUUCAUCAACUUCUGCGCGACCGUGCCCAACCUGCCGAUCACGAACGGCCAGCAGAUCACGUCCGGCUCGUGCAACCCAGCGCCGAUGGGCGUCAUCGCCGCGCAGUCGAACAUGCCCUCCUCCAAGUUCGUCUUCCCCAAGAACGGCGCGACGAUCCCCGCGAACCAGGACUUCACCAUCCAGAUGGCGAUCGCGCACCUCAACACGGGCAACUUCGUGAACCCGGACACGAACUACUUCGCCGCGCCGCAGGUCGUCGACUCCGCGGGUGACAUCACCGGCCACUCGCACGUCGUCGUCGAGGCGCUCACUGCCCUCGACCAGACCACGGUCACGGACCCGACGAAGUUUGCGUUCUUCAAGGGCCUGAACUCGGCCGCCCAGGGCGGCGUCCUCACCGCUGACGUCGCGGGCGGUCUCCCCGCCGGCACCUACCGCCUCUCGUCGAUCAACACCGCCGCGAACCACCAGCCGGUCCUUGUCGCCGUCGCUCAGCACGGUUCGCUCGACGACCAGGUCUACUUCACCGUCUCGGACAGCGGUGCCGCUGCUGGCAACAACGCCGGGGCCGCGUCGUCCGCUGCUGCCGGUGCAUCCGCAACCGCCGCCUCCGCGUCUGCUGCCUCCGCCGCCUCCAGCGCGAGCGCGACCGUCGGCGCCAUCAAGGGCAACAACACCGGCAAGCAGGGUGUCCAGGGCGGCUUCGCCGGCGGCAACGCUGCCGCGCAGAAGGGUGCCCAGGCGCAGAAGGGCGGGAACAACGCUGCGCCCAAGGCCCCCGCCUUCGGCAAGGGCGGCUUCCGCGCUGCCCGCCGCUUCAUCUAA